AUGAUACCUAAAUCCGAAAAGGACAAUGAGAACAUCGAGAAAGCUAAGAUCCUCCAGAAUCGUCUUUGGGGAGAGGAAUAUGAACGAAUGAUAUCGGGGAUGCUAUACAACCCUCUAGGGCCCGAACUCAUAGAGGGCAGGUCUCGAGCGAGACGCUUAAUGGCAAUAUUCAACGCACCGCUUUCGGAAGCCUCUCCAUCGCAAGCAGUUCCUCGAGAAGACGUACUUCGAGAACUCUUUGGUCGUGUUGGGCAAGAAGUAUACCUUGAGCCUCCGUUAUUCGUGGAUUACGGUUGCAAUAUCAGUAUAGGUAGCGGAUUCUUCGCCAACUUUCAUCUCACUGUCCUGGACUGUGGCUUAGUUUCAAUUGGGAACAACGUCAUGAUUGGGCCCAAUGUCAACAUCAUCACGGGAGAACACGAGACGGGGAUCGAAGCGCGAAAGGCUCAUAAAGGACUGGAGUUUACGGGACCCAUUGUCAUUGGCGAUGAUUGCUGGAUUGGAGCUAAUGUGACGAUCUUGGCUGGAGUCACUAUCGGCCAUGGAUGUUCCAUCGGCGCUGGCUCCGUGGUAAAACGCAAUAUACCAGCCCUGAGUGUUGCCGUGGGUAGUCCCGCUAAAGUCAUUAGGCCGGCGUGA